GAGAGAGAGGGUAUUGGACCAUUUGGUCGUCGUAUGAGCUGAAUCAGCUGAUGGUGGGCUGGGCGCGCUCCUUCCAAAUUCGCACCAACGGACCCUACCUGAAACCGUGUUCACAACUGCAUUCCAAAGCACUCCAACUCAGACUCUCUCUCUCCUUCCUUCCUCUUUUUGCUUUCUCUACCGUUUCUUUCACUGAACUCUUCCCCUUAUUCUCCUCCCCUUGCUGUGCUUACUGGAGCCAUGCCCAUCGCAAAGGACCAAAAGAACAUUUGAAGGCCAAAAUCAUGUGCGGUGUGCGCGGAUGCUGACUAUCAAAUCGUGGAUUUUUCAGCUGAUAAGCUAUUCUGCCCUGCAAGAUGAUUUCAUCGUUUGAAUCUGAAACAAGACCAAAGAAUGGUUGAUCAAGCUGAUUUGGUUAUUAUUGGUGUCACUGUUGGCGUCGCUGUUGGCAUUAUAAUAGCCUCUCUUGUAUUUUUUGGCAUAAAGUGGUUCAGAAAGCAUUCUCGUCUUCAACAAAGCGCAAAUGAGCAUAAUACAACAACUCUUCCUAUGCGCACAAAUGGCCUUGAUUCAAGUAUUGAUUAUAGUGCAUCUCUCUCAAAUUCCAUAGUUACUCCAGGACCUAAGUACCCUGCCAAAAGUUCUCAGCCUUCUCGAAGGAGUCAUCCUAGUAAAGAUGGGUUUGCUUCGGCAUCUGGCAUACCAAGAUAUGCUUACAAAGAUAUCCAGAAAGCAACCCAAAACUUUACAACUAUUUUGGGAGAAGGAUCAUUUGGUCCAGUAUACAAAGCCAAAAUGCCUACUGGUGAGAUCAUUGCAGUAAAGGUGCUUGCUUCUAAUUCAAAACAGGGCGAAAAAGAGUUUCAAACAGAGGUAGUUCUGCUUGGUAGGCUGCACCAUCGGAAUCUUGUGAAUUUAUUAGGAUAUUGUGUAGAUAAAGGCCAGCACAUGUUAAUUUAUGAGUUUAUGAGUAAUGGAAGCUUGGGAAAUCUUUUAUAUGGUGAAGAAAAACAUGUUUUGAGUUGGGAUGAAAGGCUUCAAAUUGCUCUUGAUAUUUCGCAUGGAAUUGAGUAUCUUCAUGAAGGGGCUGUUCCCCCCGUCAUACAUCGGGACUUGAAGUCAGCUAAUAUAUUGUUGGAUGAGUAUAUGAGGGCUAAGGUUGCCGAUUUUGGGCUGUCAAAGGAAGAAGUUUUUGAUGGUCGUAAGUCAGGCUUGAAGGGUACAUACGGUUACAUGGACCCUGCUUACAUAUCAACUAACAAGCUCACAAUGAAGAGCGACAUCUACAGUUUUGGGGUCAUUAUAUUUGAACUUAUCACAGCCAUUCACCCACACCAGAAUCUAUUAGACUAUGUCAAUCUUGCGGCUAUGAGUUCAGAUGGUGUAGAUGAAAUACUUGAUAAGCAGCUCGUUGGAAGAUGUAAUCCUGAAGAAGUAAGAGCUCUGGCUCAUAUUGCUCACAAAUGCUUGCACAAAACACCAAGAAAGCGGCCAUCAAUUAGAGAAGUUUCGCAGGCUAUCUUGAAGAUCAUGAAGAGACGUCUUACCAAGGAAGAUACCAUGUCUUUUGCAGGAGAUUUUUCACUAGUUGUAAGCCGCAUAGAGCAUCAACAAGUAGAGUUGAGUAAUAUGACCAGCAUGAAGGAGAGAGUAACUGAAUGACCAACUAUUUUUUUCCCCUCUCUUUUGAUGGGCAACAACUAGAUGAUAUCUUUCCUGUUACUGCCUUUCAUUUCGUUGCUCCUUUCCCACUCUGAUCCCUUUUUCAAACUUGGGAAUUAUUGGGGAUAGCACACUGCACACACAAUAUAGGAAAACAAACAGGGGGGUUUUCUGCAGAAUGAGUAUUUUAAUGACAAUAUAAUGCAAUCCCCAUUCUGGUCUGAAGGUCGUCAUUCUACGCCCAAAAUGGUUUAAUGGCAACACUGGUUAGAGGCCAAGUAUCAAUCUGCUGAUUUUUAUGGCUGCAGGAAUUGUCUAUUUUCAUGACCAGGCAGGAAAGCAUAUAAAAAUUAGAAUAUUGAUGUCCACAUGAAAUUAGAACAGGGAUGAAAAGGCUUGUUUAGACAUUGUAAAUGGAAAAAUGUCAAUGUGAUGAGUGCGCAAAUGGUUAUCGUUCAAUUAAA